GUCGGGUGUACCCCCUCGACAUUGCCGCCACGCCGUCGUCAUCUUGCUUGUCUUGGCUACAGGACGAGAGGGAUUUUUGCUAAAGUUGAAUGAAACUUUCGCAUUUUGCUACGGAUUGAAUUCUUUUUUGCCCGUUUCUAUUAAGGGAACCCAAGGUACGGCACAUCCUAUCAUUCCUGUCUCUACUUGCAAGCAUUGUCUGGCUCUUAAGUGGUGCCAGUGCGCAGGGUUUAGAGCAGGGCAUUGUGAUAAAUGUCACCAGCGGUAACCCAAUCAACGUAGCAGAAAGGGGGAAUUUGACUAUCACUGCGCUCUGCGAAUCUGUUCCGAAUGCAUCUCACAAAACGUUGAUCAGGAACGAUGCUUUCGUGGUGCCAUCUUCAGUAAACUGCACGUGUCACAUGACGCAGCCGAGCUGCACAUUUACGAUCAGAAAUGUGGAUCGCAGCCACUCUGGCAAUUAUUCAAUCUACGUCAACAAUUCGCAAGGAGAACACAAGAGUAUCAUUACCAGAGUUAAUGUACAAUACGCCCCAAUCUGUAUCUGGCUUCAACCCCUGCAGAUGUCGGUCAUAGAGUUCGAGAGAGUGACCUUUGAUGUAUCCAUACCAGUGCCGAACCCCCCUGUCUCCUCCGUCCAGUGGCUGUAUCAGGGCAGCCCCAUCAACAUGACCAACCCCAGUUACAGCGGCGGCACAGUCGCCACACCACCUCUUACUAUAGGCCGAGCAGUCAGGAGCGACGCCGGGGUGUACAACUUCACGGCUAGCAACAUCAUCGGGGGGCUCACACAAUCAAACUGCACUACCAAUCUCACUGUUUACUAUGGUCCUGAUCUAGACUGCGUGGGCCCACAAACUGUAACAAUCAAUGAGACGGACAGUUAUACAUUUGCAAUUGAUGUUACGUCUUAUCCGAUCUUAUCACGUGUCGACUGGUUCAAGGGUGGAAACGUUAUAGACAGAAGUGACACACGUUUCGUCCAUGGUAACGUCGCCAGUCCAUCCUUAACACUGAACAACGCUAAUCGUAACGACACCGGGAACUACAACGUCACUGUCACAAGCGACGUCACUCGACGUUUUGUUUCUGGUUGUAAUACCAACCUUACAGUUCAAUACCGACCAAGAUGUAAGCUACAACUUCCAACUCAAUAUGACAUCACUGAAGGUAGCAGCAUUACAAUCAACAUCACAGUGAUGUCGUUACCUUCUCCAACGUUUGUGGGCUGGAACCUGAACGGCACCGCCAUCGCCAGAAACAACUCUCACUACAGUGGCGGUAACGUUACAGUCCCAUCCCUUACCAUAAGCGACAUACGGCGAAAUGACACUGGGUUUUACUCCAUACAAAUCAACAAUGUCGUGGGCGGAGUUGUAGAUAACUGCCGGGUCUUCGUCCGAGUCCUCUAUCGCCCUGAGUGCAUUAUCCUGUCAAACACCUCCUUAUUGGUCACCGAACAUUCUUCCCUAACAAUCAACGCCGCCAUCGACGCCGUCACGCCACCGACCGUGGUCGACUGGAAACUCAACAACAUCUCUGUCAGUAGGACUGGGGGUCGGUAUACUGGAGGCAACAGCUAUCAGAACCCAUCGUUGAACAUUUUGGGUAUCACACGUCGAGAAGCGGGUACAUAUACCCUGACUGCUUCGAACUCCGUCGGGAAUGUUGUGAACGAGUCGAACUGCAGCGUCAAUGUUGCCGUACAAUAUCUGGACAGUUGCGAUAACCUCAGCUAUCCGGUGUGUGUAAAUGAUUCAGAAACCCUUAAUUGUUCGGUGAGAUUUCUGCCAUCCUUGAACACUGUGACGUGGAGAAAGAACGGGGCUGUACUGGAUGUGUCCAGUCCCCGCUACAGCGGUGGAACUGUAUCUUCACCUGAUCUCACAAUUUCCUCUGUUCUGCCAAGUGAUGAUGAUGUCUACACCUGCGAAGUAGAGAACGUCGUUGGUGUAGCUGGAUGCCAGAUUACAUUGAACGUCUUCACUCGACCCAUCGUCCACGUCCCAAACACGAACAUAACGUUGGUUGAAGGACAAACCUCCUCCAUAGGUUGCUCCGUGGACAUGCGCGUGAAACCAAGUCCCGCCGUCGUUCACUGGUUUAAAGAUUGCUUCAAUCUCAACUCUCCCUCUGGUCGGUAUGGUAAUGGGGAUAUUAACAAUCCUAGUCUGAGAAUCACCGAUAUCAAGCGCCAGGAUGCCGGGAUGUACAUAUGUGGAGCAGUCAAUGGUGUCGGCGACAGUCACUCUGCCGUCAUUACUGUCACGGUGGAAUAUCCGCCAACGGUCGUGGUAAAAUACAAUAACUACGGUUUCCACGAGGGAUCUGACACAACGUUGUGGUGCUAUGUCAACUCAUACCCUCUCGUGUCUCCACAAAACAUCACGUGGGUGCGCGAUGGGCAGUUUGUGAUACCCAGCACUUCCUGUAGUGACGUCAGACCCAACUUGCGGAUUUGCAAAGUGGACACGAAUACGGCUGGCAGAUACAUCUGUAGAGCCCGCCAUCGACUGGCAUCUGUUAGUAGCGAUAUCAUUACUGUACACAUCAGAGAUGUGUGUCCUACAAUCGUUACAAAUUUUACCCUAGAUGUUUCCACAAGUACAAGCUCGGGGUGUAUCAGCGGUCGUCUCAAGGUCCAGCUGAAAGGAACGCCAUCUAGCGGCACUGUCUGUGGGAAGACGUGGACCUCGGCGGAAACAGGAGUUGUCUGUGGCAUGAUGGGAUACAAGUAUGGCGCUCAUUGGAUGAGUGGUGGAGGCGGGGGACUAAUACAUCUCGGUGACGUCACUUGUUUAACAGGGGCGACAACUCUAAAUCAAUGUCGACUUUCCUCCAUUUCAAACUGUACUCAUGACAAUGACCUCUGGCUAAUGUGUUGUCCUAGUACAGUCACGUCUCCAGCUGUGGCGGUGCUAACGACCACAAAAACCCCAACAGCAGGAUCGACUUGCCAGUGCAGGGAUGAAGUGAUCUCUCUCCCCGUGAUUGUGAUUGUCCUCGUUAUCGCUAUCGUCUGCCUGAUUGUCGUUGUCAUCUGCCUGAUAGUCGUCAUGUGCUGUGGGUGCUGCGGGUGCUGUUCAUGCUUUUCGGAGUGUUCCUGUGGAGGUGGAACGAAAGGGGGUGAUUGUCAUUGUAACAGCGAUGGCAAGUGUCAUUGUAACAGCGAUGGCAAGUGUUGCUGCAAGUGUCAUUGUAACAGCGUUGGCGAGGGUGGUCGCAAGAGUGGGUCUGACUGUCCAUGUGGAACGAAAGGGGGUGAUUGUCAUUGUAACAGCGAAGGCAAGUGUCAUUGUAACAGCGAUGGCAAGUGUUGCUGCAAGUGUCAUUGUAACAGCGUUGGCGAGGGUGGUCGCAAGAGUGGGUCUGGCUAUCUAUGUGGAAUGAAUUGGGGUGAUUGUUGUCGUAACAGCGUUGACGAGGGUGGUCGCAAGAGUGGAUCUGACUGUAUAUGUACUCACACGCCACACUGUCGCUGUGAAGGAAAGAAGACAAAAGGACGAGAAACGCUAACUCAACCAACAAACAAAUGCCCAAUACAGAUAGACCUAUUUUGUGGAAUGAAUUGGGGUGAUUGUCGUCGUAACAGCGUUGGCGAGGGUGGUCGCAAGAACGGGUCUGGCUGUCCAUGUACUCACAAGCCACACUGUAGAUGCAAAGGAAAAAUGCCAACUGAACCAACAAACCAAUGCCCAAUACAGAUAGACCCAUUUGGUGGCGACCCAUCAGAACGUGAAGGGCUAAAAGAAAGAAACAGCAACCCUCCCAAAGAAGAUCUUCCUGCACCGAGAACUGAGAAUAGUUUGACAAGGGUGGAAGAUGAUGUGAAUGACGCAAUCAACGGUUUUCUGAUAUCAGAGAAGAAAAAGAAGAGGCACAGACCUAAAUUGAGGAAACCAGAGCCAGUGAAAGAUGCCCCAUUCCCAGAACCCGUGGUGUUCAUUUAUCGAAAGCAUAUGCCUGAUGAAUCAAAUGCCUGAUUCACCUUUAUAUAAAUGUCAUCGUAUCCCAGCUGCGUGGAUCGAUGCUCAUAAUGUCAAUCACUGGAUUGUCUGGUCCAGACUCGAUUAUUUACAGACUGCCGUCAUGUAGCUGGAAUAUUGCUGAGUGCGGCGUUAAACAACAAACAAACAAAUUAGAUAUAUGUAUAGGGGUUGCAUCGGACAAAUUAUGAAUAUAUCCGAAAGUGGAACAAAUGAUUAUUUUUGGGGAAUCCACGAAGCUGAAACCUUAUAUGGAAAGGUCAAAAAUGAAAGUUAUGUAAAUAUUAAAAUAAACAUCCUCCCCAUAAAACAAAGAAACUGUGAAUGAUACCAGGUAGUUUUUGUUAAGUGAGUGAGUGAGGUUUUGUACCCAUGUCGGGAAUCGAACCCGGGUCUUCGUCGUGACCAGCAAACGCUUUAACCAUUAGGCUACCCGACCGCUCCAGUUUUUGUUAAGACAUCAUGGGUUUCGUGAUCAACGUACGCUUGUUUCCUAUAUGAUGAAACAUAACAUUGAGAUAUUGUACAACGUAACAAUUUCAAGUCCUUUGCCAAACAGUCAAAUAAAACUACACGUGUAAGCUCAUUGCAGUCACAUUGGUAGCACUGAAGUCAGCUGUACAAAAACAAACCAGAUCAAAAUUAAAACAAAUGAUUGUUCAGAAGGUUUAUUAAAACGAUAAUACUUUAAACAACUAGGAAGCCAAUCUAGACCAGCUUGGGGAUCAGGGGAAACGGGUGGCCCAGUUGUCUAAGUUGCCGCAUUUCGCUGUGCAGAGUUGCGUCUCUUGGGCACGCCAGAAACCAAUGAUUGUGGGUUCGAAUCACGGUUCGCC